CUCCUAAUCGCCGGUGGAUGGUGGCAGUUCUCAGCCUCACUUCAGAGGAUAGACUUGUUUGCUAGCAUAGCAUUUCAAUGGUGAUGCCUUGCGAACAUACAAGAAUAGACUUGUGAAGAAGAAGAAAGUUCAUAGAAAUUGAAGAGUAAGUAGGCUUCUGUAACACAACCUAAUAGUAUCGGUUACCAGCUAAUCCAGUCUCCCUUAUGGCUGUAGUGCCUAGCUAGAAUCACCAAAGGAGGAGUAAUCUAUGGCUUUGGAGGCUGUGGGAGGAUCAUUUCUCUCUUCUUUCCUUAAUGUCUUGUUUGAUAGGAUGGCUUCUCGCGAGUUUGUUGAUUUAAUUAAGGGCAGAAGGAUUAUUGAUGCCCAGGUAAAGAGGUUGAAUACGAUGAUGUUCGCUGUUAACGGAGUGCUGGAGGAUGCAGAGGAGAAGCAGAUUACUAGUUCAGCUGUGAGAAAGUGGCUUGAUGAGCUUAAAGAUGCUGUCUAUGAAGCUGAUGACUUGUUGGAUGAGAUUGCUUAUAAAGCUUUUCGAUUGAAGAUGGAAGCUGGAUCUCGUACCUUUGGAGAUCAGGUGAGGGGCUUUUUCUCUUCUCGUAAUCCAUUUAAAAAGGGGAUGGAAGAAAAGUUAGAUGACAUCCUUGACAGGCUUGAAGAUUUAGUGAAACAAAAGGCUGCCCUUUCUCUGAGAGAUGGUACUGGAGACAAACCAUCUUCACAGAAAGUACCCACUACUUCUCUUGUUGAUGAAUCUGGUGUUUAUGGUAGGGAUGAUGAUAAGGAAGCCAUAAUAAAUUUGUUGUUGUCUGAUGAUGCAAACGGGAAUGACCUUCGUGUGAUUCCUAUCGUGGGCAUGGGUGGGGUUGGUAAAACAACCCUUGCUCAGCUUGUCUACAAUGACAUAAGAGUGCAAGAUUUUGAAGUCAAAGCGUGGGUCUGUGUUUCAGACGAACUUGAUGUUUUUAAGGUAACAAAAGAUGUCCUUAUGGAAGUUACUUCAUUAACUUGUGAAAACAAGACUUUAAAUCAGCUUCAACUUGAGCUAAAGGAAAGAUUGAAGGGGAAAAGAUUUUUGCUUGUUUUAGAUGAUGUUUGGAGUGUUAAGUAUACUGACUGGGAAAUUUUGCAGAAGCCUUUUAUGUCUGGGGCUCAAGGAAAUAGGAUUGUUAUUACAACACGCAUUGAUCAUGUGGCAUCAACCAUGCAAACUGUUCCAGCCCUCCAUCUAAAGGGAUUAACUGAUAAGGAUUGUUGGUCCUUGUUUGCAAAACUUGUAUUUGAUGAUGGAAAUUCUAGCACACAUCCAGAUUUGGAAGUAAUUGGUAGAGAAAUAGUGAGUAAGUGCAAAGGUUUACCUUUAGCUGCAAAAGCUCUUGGGGGUCUUUUACGCUCCAAGAGGGAUGUUGAGGAAUGGGAGAAGAUAUCGAAGAGCAGUUUGUGGAAUUCAUCAAAUGAUGACAUUCUUCCAGCUUUAAGAUUGAGUUACCUUUAUCUUCCAUCACAUCUAAAACGAUGCUUCGCUUACUGUGCAAUAUUUCCUAAAGAUCAUGAAUUUGAAAAGGAGGAAUUGGUCCAUUUAUGGAUGGCAGAGGGUUUCUUAGUUCCUUCCCCUGCAGAUAAAGAGAUGGAAGAAGUAGGUGAUGAGUACUUUCGUGAUCUUGUAUCAAGAUCAUUUUUUCAACGGUCAAGUGGCCAUCACUCAUACUUCAUUAUGCAUGACCUGAUAAAUGACUUGGCUAAGCAAGUAUCUGGAGAGUUUUGCUGUAGGUUGGAUGGUGAUGAUUCAUGCAAGAUUACUAAAAGGACUCGCCAUUUAUCAUAUGUUGGAACAGAAUAUGAUUCUGGUAUGAUAUUUGACGGCAUCUAUGAAGCCCAAUUUUUGCGUACGUUUAUACUUAUGGAGUGGUCAUGCAUUGAUAAUGAGGUAAUGCAUGAUUUAUUGCUGAAAUUCAGGCAAUUACGAGUACUCUCUCUCUCUCAAUAUCGUAGUGUAACUGCAUUGCCUGAGUCAAUUGGCUACUUGAAGCAUUUACGAUAUCUAAAUCUCUCUACAGCAUCAGUAAAAAGGUUGCCUGAGAUUCUGAGUACUUUGUAUAAUUUGCAAACGUUGAUCUUGCGUGAGUGCAUAUACCUUGCUGUGUUGCCUGAUUCUAUUGGAAAUUUGAAGUAUUUACGAUACUUGGAUCUCUCGGGAAUAUUGAUCAGAAGGUUACCUGAAUCUCUGAGUGGCUUGUUCAAUUUGCAAACACUAAUCUUGUGUCAUUGCAAAGAUCUUGUUGAGCUGCCAACAGACAUGGCAAGGUUAAUCAACUUGCGGCAUCUGGAUAUUAGAGGAACAAAAUUGCAAGAGAUGCCAUCACAAAUGAAUGAGUUAAAAAAUCUCCAUAUAUUAACUAAUUUCAUUGUAAGACAGUGUGGAUCUAACAUAAAGGAGUUGGGCAAACUUCAGCAUCUACGAGAAAAACUUUGUAUUUGGAAUCUUGAAAAUAUUGUGGACGCUGAAGAUGCUUUGGAAGCCGAUUUGAAGGGUAAGAAGCACCUUAAGGAGUUGGAGUUGAGAUGGAACGAUGAUACUGCUAAUUCAGCACUUGAAAGAGGUGUGCUUGAGCAAUUACAGCCUCAUGCAAAUGUCAAAUUUCUUUCAAUUGUUGGUUAUGGGGGUGGUAGAUUUCCAGAUUGGGUAGGAGAUUCUUGUUUCUCAAAUAUGGUAUCCUUGAAGCUCAGUGGAUGUAAAUACUGCGUCUCUUUACCACCAGUUGGGCAGUUAGCAUCUCUAAAAGAUCUCUCAAUCGCAGAAUUUGGUAGAAUUGAGGUUGUUGGUCCUGAAUUCUAUGGAAAUUGCACAUCUAUGAAGAAUCCAUUUAGAUCCCUAAAAAUCCUGAAGUUUGAGAGGAUGCCAAAAUGGCAUAAAUGGAUUUCUUAUAUAGAAGAAGAUGAAAGUAGAGCUUUCCCUGUCCUCCAAGAGCUUUACAUAAGAGAAUGUCCCAACCUAAUGACGGCCUUGCCCAGUCACCUUCCUUCUUUAACAAUACUUGAGAUUGAGGGAUGCCUGCAUCUUGUAGCUUCACUUCCAAGGGCUCCAGCGAUCAUUAAAAUGAAGUUAAAGGAUGAUUCUCGUGAUGUGCUAAUAAAGAAAUUGCCUUCAGAGCUGCACAGUCUCAUACUUGAUAGAUUCUACUCUUCAGAUUCCAUAUUGGAUCGAAUUGGUAGUUUUUUCGCCACUUUAGAAGAAAUUGAAAUCCGAAACCAUGAUUCGCUCAAGUGCUUCCCACUAGACUUGUUCCCAAGGUUGAAGAGUCUCCGCAUCACUAGAUGUCCCAUUCUGGAAUCCCUUUCCACAUGUGAGACAACCCAUGAGAAUUUCACAUCUCUCAGUUCCUUGGAGAUCAGGGAGUGUCCUAAUUUAGUAUCUUUUCUCAAAGGAAGAUUACCUGCCCCUAAUUUGGCACGGCUUCUAUUGCUAGGUUGCUCAAAUGUGGAAUCCUUUCCUGUAAAGAUGCUACUGCCCUCUAGUCUUACAUCUCUUAAAAUUUGGGAUUUUCAAAAUCUGAAAUUUCUGGACUACAGUGGACUUCAACAUCUUACCUCUCUGAGAGAAUUGGAGAUCUGUAACUGUCCUAAGCUCCUGUCCAUGCCAGAAGAGGGGCUGCCCUCCUCACUUUCUUCUCUGUCUGUCUUUUUAUGUCCUUUGCUGGAACAAAGGUGUCAACGGGAGCAAGGGGAAGAUUGGCCCAAGAUCUCGCACAUCCCUCAUGUAAAAGUUAAUUUCCACAAGAUCAAUUGACCCAAAAACUAGAAGAGUUGCUCUUUUUCUUUUCAUUCAACAAGCUGAGGCUCUUGAUUCAAUUUAUUUUCUGUCCAUUUGAGGCUCCUGAUUUGAUCUAUACCAAUUCAAUUUUGAUUCUCAAUAAUGAGAACUGGACUGAAAUGUUGGAUGCAGGUAAAUUGCACUAAUUACUAGUACAUGUCUGCGAUAAAAAACACAUAUUAUUAACCAAAUUGAAAAUGUUGUCUUUAUGUAAUAUUUUCAUCUCAGAACUGUUUGCCUUUAAAACCUGAAAGAGAGAGCGCUUUGGAUUUGCAACUUCAUACUUCUUUCAAGUUCCAUGUUGAAUGGCCUCUAUCAUGACCAAAAAUGUUUCUGACAUGUUUCAUCUGGUUAUUUCAUAGUGUUGUUGGGUGGUCUAGUUUUUUCAAGUGCUCCUUGUUCCUUGCUCUGAGUAACCAAUCAUUUUUUUUGUUAUUCAUCAUAAAUUUCUCAAUUUCUCAAUAUAAGCAUUAUAUAACUUAUGAUUUUAACUUAAAAGUAAGUCCUGAUUCUCUUGAAUUGGUAUUAAUCCAUUUCACAAUAGCUACCAGUUGCUUUUUGUUGCCCCUCCAGGAAUAAUUUUAUAUGAAGAAGUAUUAAAUGAUAUGCAUUGUUUUGUUAUUACUUACUAGAAAUUUAUUUGAAUGGCUUAUUGGUGUACUUCUCUUGACAUUCCUGAUAAUUGAGGGAUGCUUUUACUUUCGCCUUUUCUAUGUUAAAAUAUUCCUCAUAGAUAGCUGACCUGAUUAGGUAAAAGAAUUGCACUUAAACAACUCCAAUACUUCAUUCUUUCUAAUAUUUAAGUUUCGUUUCCCCACAAUUUGCAGCAUGGUUAAUGCCACUGCUUGAAUGGAAUAUUUUAAGUAAAACUCAAUGCCAUUUGUUAAAGAAGAUUGCUUUAUAUUUCUAUUUUGAAAGAUAAUCUGAUCUUAUUCUCACUAGUCCUUUGCUGGAUUGUAAAAUAAAAAUUCAUUCAAUACAUUUGAGGCUGAAGAAAGCAGGAGUGACAGAUGGCAUCUGAUCCUGGUUUCCAUCUCCUUUACUGAAAAUAUUGGAGCUGAAGCUAGAGCUUACAAAUUGUUCUGCUCCUGGAGGAUUUGAGGUAGCUGGUCAAUUUUUGCGUAUGCAAAUUCAUUCUCCAUCUUUAAGUACACUGGAAAGUGAAGCAUUGCAUAUACUGAGCAUGUAAGGACAGUUCUAGAAUAGAGAAUGCAACUAAAUUUGGUCCAUGGUUCCAUCUGAGAAAGUUGAAAUUGGAUAACCAAAAUAUCACAAAACUUAGGUGAGGGGCUUCCUGUAACACAUCAGGCAUCAGCUGCUUUCCACAAAUGAGAUGACAGGCCAUCAGAGAUGCCAUUAACAUUGGCCUAGAUUCUGUCCAUGUUGUCCAAGAGUGGAAUUUAGUUUCGUUUGUUGAAUGAGGCAUGAGUAAGCUGGAUCAGAAAAUGCUGGUUUUGUUUGUAUGGAAAGUUUGAGCAACAAGGCUGUUAUCACUGCUGCCGAAGGGCGUUUCACAUUCCUAAGGUUUGAGUUAUGUUUAGCAUCUUUUUGAAAAGGGGGUGCAUAUAUAUUCAUCCAUCUGCUUUAAGAUCUAUGCUAUAUAGAUCGGUAACACUAUUGUGGAAGGGGAAGAUAUCGGUUGGAGAUUCAUCUAUUUUUUCAGUCACACAGCCAACAAUGGCUAGCCAGGCAAAUCUAGCAGCAAAGGAUCCCUUGUGUUUGUUAGCUGAGGAAUUUGAUGAUUGUAAGUUAUGAAUGUACAUGUCAAAUUUGUAAGAACAAAUAAAAUAAAAAUUACUCAUAUCUAAUUUGUUGUUGA